AUGUCUUUGAAAGUAGUUAUAUUGAUUGGAGGUGAAACUACCGGUACAAGGUUUAGACCUUUGUCUAUGGAUACACCCAAAGUUUUAUUUCCAAUUGCAGGUAAACCCUUGAUAAGCCAUAUAGUUCAAAAGAUAGCUGAAUUAGGAGACGGUGAAUUAAUUGAAGUUUUUCUCCUUGGAUAUUUCACUGAUUUGAAACCGUUCGACGAAUAUAUUGCAGAAGCUAAGAAAGAAUAUUCUAACGUGAAUAUAAAAUAUUUGACAGAACCAUAUUCUAUGGGGACUGGAGGUGGCCUUUACUACUUUAGGGAUGAAAUAUUUGGUGAUGGGACAUGCGAAGAAUUAUUAGUUAUUCAUGGAGAUAUUGUAUGUAAUUACCCCUUCAAAGAAUUAAUACACUUCUAUGAAAUGAGUAAUGCAGACUCUGUGAUUUUGGGAAUCAAUCCUUUGCUUCUCAUGAAUAAUUAUCAGAAUGCGACCCAAAUACAGAACCAUACUUCAUUCAAGGUGUAUGGUAAUAUCGAUACUUUUAGUAAAUAUGGUACGAUAAUUGCCAAUAAGUCGGAUUCUAACGUUGUUCAUUAUGUUGAAAAGCCAUCUUCCAAGUUCUCAGAAUUUCAAUUACAAACAGAGUAUAACACAUUAAUUAAUGGAGGGGUCUACGUUUUUGACAAGUCAAUAUUAGGGUUUCUUGCGAAGGCCCAAAGUCAUAAGUCUUCAAAGUGUAAAGAAUAUGAUAGGCAUAAUCUAGACAACGAGUCUAUAAAUUCCAACGUACUUUCCCUCGAAUUGGACGUUUUGAAGUUCUUACCUGAAGCCAAGAACCAGUUCUUGACAUAUAAGUCUGAUAGUUUUUGGUAUCAAUUGAAAACCCCCAUUUCAGCUUUAUUUGCAAACAUCUUUUUCUUGGAAGAAUACAAGAAAAAUCAAGUUUGCAAUGAUUUGUCAACUCCUUCGGAUAAGAUAAUAUCACCAGUUAGGGCUUCAAAGUUUGUAACAGUUUCAGAAAAUUAUAUAAUCGGGCCAAAUGUUUCGCUUGGUAGAAAUGUUAAGAUUGGAAAUGGUGUCAGAAUUAAAAACUGUAUCAUCUCGGAUAAUGUCACUAUCGGUGAUAACUCCUUUGUUGCAAAUGCCAUUAUUUCUAAAGAGGUCAAAAUUGGAAGAUGGUGUCGUAUUGAAGGAACAUUUACUAAUGACACGAUAAGCAAGGACAUAAAUCAAGUCAGGUCAGACGGCUACUUUAAGCUUAUCAACAAUAUAGUUGUUUUAUGUCAAAAUACAGUUGUGCAUAAUCAGGUUUUAGUUUACAAUUCAAUCGUUUUGCCCCAUAAGGAAUUAAAAAAUGAUGUGAAAUAUGAAAUUGUCAUGUAA